UUCCCUCCCGACCUCAAAAAACGCGAACCCUAACCCUCGCGCGCUCGAGCGCGAGUCCCCAUCCCCCCUCCCAUUUGAGCGGCAAUCGGCAUCGCUUCUCGUAGCCCUCCUCAGGGCCGGUUCUUGCUUCUUUUGGAGAGUGAACAGGUUGGGCAUGUCGACGGAGAGGAAGCGGAAGGUGAGCCUCUUCGACGUGGUGGACGAGAACUCUGUGUCGGCGAAGCUGGCCAAGGUCAACGGCUCCGCCCCCGGGCUGGCAGCAGCCACCCCCGCGGUGCCGCCGGGGAUCAACCGGUGGAGCGGCAGGCCCUACUCGGCGAGAUACUACGAGAUCCUUGAGAAGAGGAAGACCCUCCCAGUGUGGCAGCAGAAAGACGAGUUCUUGCAAGCACUUAAGGCCAACCAGACCCUGAUCCUCGUUGGAGAGACUGGCAGUGGCAAAACCACCCAGAUUCCUCAAUUUGUUUUGGAAGCCGAGGACUUAGGCAAACACUCAAUGGUUGCUUGCACCCAACCUCGUAGGGUUGCUGCAAUGUCUGUUUCCCGUCGAGUUGCCGAGGAGAUGGAUGUAACAAUAGGAGAGGAAGUUGGUUACAGCAUUCGGUUUGAAGAUUGUAGUAGCCAAAAAACUAUACUGAAGUACUUGACUGAUGGUAUGCUUCUCAGAGAGGCAAUGGCUGAUCCACUUCUAGAGAGGUAUAAAGUGGUGAUUCUUGAUGAGGCUCAUGAGCGAACUUUAGCAACAGAUGUUCUAUUUGGUCUUCUGAAAGAGGUUUUGAGGAAUAGGCGGGAUCUGAAAUUAGUUGUAAUGAGUGCGACACUUGAGGCUGAGAAGUUUCAGGGGUAUUUCAAUGGGGCACCUCUAAUGAAGGUACCUGGAAGACUGUUUCCUGUGGAGAUUUUCUAUACACAGGAACCAGAGAGGGAUUACCUGGAAGCUGCCAUUCGAACAAUUGUGCAGAUUCACAUGUGUGAACCUCCCGGCGACAUACUUGUUUUCCUUACUGGAGAGGAAGAAAUAGAAGAUGCAUGUAGGAAAAUUACAAAGGAAAUUAAUAACUUGGGUGACCAAGUUGGCCCUGUGAAAGCAGUGCCAUUAUAUUCUACUUUGCCUCCAGCAAUGCAGCAGAAGAUUUUUGAGCCUGCUCCAGCCCCGCUGGUGGAAGAUGGCCCUCCUGGAAGGAAGAUUGUGGUGUCAACCAACAUUGCAGAAACAUCUCUGACCAUAGAUGGUAUAGUUUAUGUGAUUGAUCCGGGCUUCUCCAAACAAAAAGUUUACAAUCCAAGGAUACGUGUGGAGUCCUUGCUGGUCUCUCCAAUAUCAAAGGCAAGUGCUCAUCAGAGGUCAGGACGUGCCGGUAGAACUCAACCUGGAAAAUGCUUUAGACUUUAUACUGAGAAAAGCUUCAGUAAUGAUCUACAAGCACAGACAUAUCCAGAGAUUCUUCGUUCUAAUCUAGCAAAUACAGUUCUUACGUUGAAGAAACUUGGAAUUGAUGAUUUGGUACAUUUUGACUUUAUGGAUCCUCCUGCUCCUGAAACCUUGAUGCGAGCCUUGGAGGUUCUGAACUAUCUGGGUGCCUUGGAUGAGGAAGGGAACUUGACCAAAUUAGGUGAAAUCAUGAGUGAGUUUCCCUUGGAUCCUCAGAUGGCAAAGAUGCUUAUUGUCAGCCCCGAGUUCAAUUGUUCCAAUGAGAUCCUCUCAAUAUCUGCAAUGCUUUCAGUACCCAAUUGCUUUCUCCGGCCUAGGGAAGCUCAGAAAGCUGCAGAUGAAGCAAAGGCUCGGUUUGGUCACAUCGAUGGGGAUCACCUGACAAUUCUGAACGUUUAUCAUGCUUACAAGCAAAACAACGAAGACCCUUCAUGGUGUUAUGAGAAUUUUAUUAACCAAAGGACAUUAAAGGCUGCUGACAAUGUGAGACAACAGCUUGCCCGCAUCAUGGCCAGAUUCAACCUCAAGCUAUGCAGCACAGAUUUCAACAGCCGUGAUUAUUACAUCAACAUCAGAAAGGCUAUGCUCUCAGGGUACUUCAUGCAGGUAGCUCAUCUUGAGCGAACUGGACACUACCUGACGGUGAAAGAUAAUCAGGAGGUUCAUCUCCACCCCUCGAACUGCUUGGAUCAUAAACCAGAGUGGGUCAUCUACAAUGAGUACGUCUUGACCAGUAGGAACUUCAUCCGCACAGUUACAGAUAUUCGUGGAGAUUGGUUAAUCGACGUUGCUCCACACUAUUACGAUCUCAGCAAUUUUCCUUCCUGCGAGGCAAAACGAGUUCUAGAAAGGCUGUACAAAAAGCGUGAGAAAGAGAAGGGUGAGAGCAAGACCAGAAACAGAGCCUUUUAGGUUGCUUUUGCCGGUGCAAUGGUGUGUUUGACAAGAAUGGGUGCAUAUCUUAGUCCAUCACCAUGUGACUGGUGCCUUCAGUGUCCUUUUAAGUAGUUGCAUGCUGUUCCCAGUGAAAAAAACAAGAGCAUUUCUUUUUCGGACGGAGCUAAUUUUAAGCCUAAAAAUGGAUUUCGAUUGGUGUUUUUAACCUGCUACCGACUGCUCUCCAGGUAUACCUUAAAGUGCCAAACUUUUAUUGAAUGCUGCUUCCCUUAGUGGCACUUGAUGAGAUGGGGCUGCUUGUCUUUGGGUUCAAGGCAGAGUCUAUUAUUUUAUAAUUUUUUUGCGCCUAGACAAAAGAUUUAUUUCUUGCUCACCCAAAAAAAAAAAAA